GGCAGCCCGCAGGGUUCCAAGCAUGUGCUAGCAGUUGCUCUUUAGAGCACCCACUUCACUUCUCCCAUGUAGUUCUUAAGUGCAGGGCUCUCCUGAAGAAGGGGCUUCUAAAUGGCCAGCCCAUGUAUCUUGUUCAGACCAGGCUGCUCCAUCCCUGCUAAGCCCAGGGAUUCACUUAACCUCGUCGCAACAUUUCCCAGAAGCCAUGACAUGUCCCUGCAGCUGGAGGCCUUUCAAGGGUGGCCCAGGAGGCCUCAAAGGCCUGAUGUGGCCUGCAAAGGAAGAGAAGAGCUGUUCUCACGGAAGGAUCCAAAGGGUUCAAAGGCGAAGGGUGCCAUCUGCUUCUCUGCUGAUUCAGAAGAGAAAGAGGAGAAGUGCCCUGUUUCACCCAUAUUGCUGGUCCUGAUUUUUCAGUAGUGUCCCUUACCCUGAAGCUCUUCCAUUGGCCAUCAUAGAGUUAGCUAACAGCCCAGGGAACUGCUCUCUUUUCCUUUUCCCCUUACCACCUGGAACUCAACUGGAAAGGGCAAUCAGAUGACUCCAUAUUAGGCCCCACCACCUGGUCUUUGAAGUUUCUGUCCUACCAGUGCCACAACUCCCUCUUCCACUUCUGAGCUACCUCCAAGAAAGGCUAUCCUCAGCAGCCUGGUUAUGCUCAUCCUGGAAUGCUGUAUUCUGGAUGUCUACUCAAGGCCAAACCCCAAUGUUGCCUUUUUUCCCCUAUUCAAGGCCAAGGCUAGGCUCUCUUCAUUGUCUCCAUUUCUCUUUCUCUAGAGCUCCUAGAGGGCAAGACACUGUUUCUCAUAUAUUUCUGGAUCCUUGGAGCUUAGCUCAGAGCUUGGCAUACAUGCCCAGCGUGAACUUUUCUGAAUAAAAUAAUUUCAAAUGGCGUAUACA